GUAAUAACUUUUAAAUAAAUCUAAUAAACGUUUUAUAAUUUUUAAAAAUUAAUUGGACGGUUAAAUAUUUAAUAGUCUAGUUUUAAUUACUAAGUAAUCAAGUAGCGGCGAGUUAUGAAUGAUACGCCUGGAGAAACCGACUGAGGAAUGAAAAAAAAGACAACGGAGCUACACAUAUAUAUAAUAUAUAUAUAUAUAUAUAUAUAUAAAUGUAUACGGACAAGCGCGAACACGGCGGAAGAUCACAGCAACGCGUGGCAACUUUAGUACAUCGUGGUAAUCUCUGAUUGGUUUGCCGCUUCAGCCACGAAAACACUUUUCCAAUUUAAGAAUAUCCUUUAGGCAACAAUCAUUUUUUUUUUAAUUAUGCCGCUAAAAAAAAAUUAACAUAUCGAUAAUUAUCUUUACUUAAUUUUACAAAGACGUAAAUAUUUUAUUGAGACGAUUAAAUAAUUAAAUUGAUAAAAUUAUCAGCGAGUUAAUUAAUUGUUGAUAUUAAAUAAUUGUUUGUUGGUUUAAUAACUUUUUUAAUUGUUGCAAUAAAGAUUUUUUUAUUUUAUUACUGAGACGUUUUGAUGAUAACUUGACGGAGAACACAUGCGCGGGAUCAUAACCUAAAAUUUUGAAUAUUUAAAUAGUAAACAAAAAUAGAAUUGUUUAUUUGAAAUGAAGUCCAGUAAAUUCAAAUUGGAACAAAAAUCUAUUGGUAAUGGAAUUUAAAAUUGCCGCCUUUGGAUUUAUUAUAGAAAUUAAUCCAAUUCAAAUGUAAACUUAUUGCUGACAAAACGAGAGUUGACUUGAAAUGGGCAACUAAAAGCGGGUCUGGCCACUAGGGCGCAUGGAUGCUCAAUAUGACGUCAUAGAAUUCAAACUGAAGACUGAUGAUAAAUUUCAAAAAAAUUUUCUAAAUCCAAUGAUUUCCUGUGAUAUUAAAAAAAAAACUGAAAUAGAAAAAAGAUAAACCUUGACCUGUUGGCGUCAAGCCACAAAAGUUAUAUAUCGCACUUAAUUUAGUUAAAUAUAUUUUAUAAGAUAAUAUUUUUCUUAAUCCGAUAACAGUAAGUCAGCAGUAAUUAAUUUUUUUGAUAUGUCUAACUUCAGGGUCACUUCAGAAAUACAUACGGAAAAUCGUAAUGUAACUCCAUCGAAUGAAAAAAAUAAUUCUACGAUUUCGAAAUUCAUGUUUAAUUAUCCAGUUCAUAUGUUGAAUUUAAAAAAUAAGGAGAUAAAAUAUGAUAGUGAUGAAGAUUUAAUUUUAGACAGAACGAAGACAGGCCAACUUUUUAUUGAGCACAGUAUUUCUACAGAACUUCAACUAGUCGGAUUACAAGUUUGGCGAGGCGCAUUUUUGUUAGCUGAUUAUAUUUUUGAUAAUCCUAAAAUAUUUAAAAAUAAAAAUAUCAUAGAAUUAGGAUCCGGCGUGGGGCUGACAAGUAUCGUUGCAAGUAUGCUCGCUCAUCAAGUCACUUGUACCGACAUAAAUUCCCACGGAAUUAUUGAGUUAAUAAAAAGAAAUUUCGAGCGAAAUUCUCGAUACAUUAAAGCUAAAUUCGAUGUCAUGGAGUUGAACUUCUUAGACUGCAACUGGUCGUCAGAUUUGACGGAAAAAAUAUUAGAAACGACAAUUAUUCUAGCUGCGGAUGUAAUUUACGAUAAUGAAAUAACCGAAGGAUUCGUUGAUACUCUGAGCAAACUUUUGGAUUCGGAUACUAAACGAACAGCAUACGUUGCAUUGGAAAAACGUUUCGUAUUUACAAUAGCAGAUUUAGAUUCUGUUGCUCCGAUGUAUGAAGAAUUUAUGCGUUGUAUUGCUCGACGUAAUUUAAAUUGGAAAAUUGAAAAUAUAAAUAUCGAUUUUCCUCAGUAUUUUCAAUACAACCGUAAUGAGCAAUUGAUUUUAAUGAAAAUUUAUAGCAAAAAUUAACUGAUGAAAAGAUUAUAGUUCAAUUUAAUAAUCUCUAUUUUAUAGAAAAAAAAAAAAAAAAAAAAAAAAAAAAUUAUAGAAAAAUCAACUAAACUUAAUUUUAAAAGAAUUUGAAAUUUUUAUGAGUAAUUUUAUGAACUACAAGAAAAAAAAUUAAAUUCAGAGAAGGAAUUUUUUUAUUCAUUACAAUUAAACUCUGAUUAAAAACUCCGAUUGAAACUCAAUCGGAUUUCUAUCAGAUUCAAUCGAAAUCAAACAUUCAGUCAGAAUUACUCGAGAGCCGGCCCUGGUGGAAAUUUUUCGGACUUUUCUCUGAAAAACUCUGAAAAAGUCUUUAGGACUUUAGAACCGAGUUUUUCAGAGAAAAUUCCGAAAAAUUUCCGUCAGGGGGGACUCGGAUUUAAUUGGAAAAUAAUAAUUGCACACCUCAAUCGCGAAAGCGUUAGGUGUGUUUUACUGUCACUCUCUCACUCUCGGCCCUUUCACUGACUUUAAAUCCUCUCUACUUUCUUUAUAGUACGUCCCUCGCGGUUUUGCGAAUGCCGUAAAAAUGCCGUAAAUUUUCGGCAUUUAUACACAUGCCGUAAAUUUACCGUAAUAAUUUGGUAAUAAUAUGGUUAUAUUGGCCAGUUUUUUUGCUGUACUUAUACUGUAGAGUUACCAGAUUAUUAUAGUAAAAUUACUAUAAAAAUGCCGAACUGUUACCAAAAAAAUGCCGUAAAAAAACUAUAAAAAUGCCGAACUUUUACGGAAAAAAUGCUAUAUAAAUACCGCAAUAAUGCGAUAAUUUUAUAAUAAUAAAAUCGUAUUUUUUUGGUAAUUAUACCGUAGAUAUCCUGCGAUUUUGCCAGAUUUAUCCUGAUAUAAUGAAAAAUUGUAAAAAAUUUGGUUUUAUUUUAUAUUUGCUUCUGCGGUUAAAAUCAUCGAAAAUGUGCAAAGUGUAAAAUUUUAUAUUUUAUUCUAUUAGUUCACACAUUUCUUAUUGAAACAAAAGAAUGUAAGUGAAAAUAAGAAUCCGGGAAAAUUGAGGUUUUCAAUUUUCUUAAGUUUGUUUGUAUAGAUAUAAAUACAAUUAGUAUCAACUCUCGAAUAAGCGAUUUGGCAUAAUGGUUAGCAGAUCAGGCUUUAAAUCAUUAGGACUCGCGAUCGAUCCCACGAGUUGGCGGGUUUUUUUUUUUUUUUUUUUUCAUGACAGUUAUUGUACAUAUAACUUUAUAAUGUUAUAUAUAAUUAUAUAUAAUUAAAUAAAAUUUUAUAUAAUUAUAUAUAAUUUUUGUUCCGGGUAGAACGGUUUAAUGCUGCAAAAAUGCCGAAAAUAUGCUGUAUAAUUACGGUUUUGAUGCUGUUAAAAUACCGUAUUUUUUCUGUUUUAUUACCGUAAAUAUUCUGAAUUUUUUUCGUAAAUUUUUGGUAGUAAUGCGGCAAAAAAACUGGCCAAAAUAACUUGAAUAAUACCAUAUUUGUGCAGUAUUUAUACCGUAUAAUUCCGGUAUUAUUUCGGUAUUUCCAAAACCGCGAGGGACACCAAAGUUGUUAGUGAUAUAUACCAUUUUAAAGGAAAUUUAUUAAGGAACAUUUUUCAAUGCAGUCCUUAUUUGAUUAAUGAUGUGAUUAAUUAAAAAAAAAUGAUUUAGUCCGAAGCCCUCAGUGCGUCAAUUGUGGUGUUCGGACUCGUCUAAACAAGAUAACUUUCGAAAAGCAAGACUUAUCGACUUAGUUUUUUUUUUAUUAUCUGUGUAUUUCUGAUCACAAGAACCCUUUCAAAAAUUACUAUUUGAAUCCUUUUUGUUUUGGUGUAAUUAAUAAAAAACGUGAAAACUGAUUCUUCGUGAAAAAUUUAGCUGCUAUUUUUACUGUUGUUAUUAUUUUUUUCAUUGUUUCUCUCUAUCAACUACUAGUGGCAGCACUAGCGUAUCAAUAUGUUUGAAAAAAAGCGACAUUUAAGACAAAACAAAGCGGGAUAUUUAGAAAAAAAUGUUAGUAAAAAAAUAUUAAACUGAAAAUAAGAAAUAAAAAUAACAAAAUCAAAUUGAUAAUUUGUAAGUUGAAUAAAAGUUCAUAAUAAAAAAAAAAUAUAUUAAUAUUAUAUAAUAAUAAAAGUAAUGAUUAAUAAAAAUAAAUUGUGCGAUUGAGGUGUGCACUUUUAGAUUUUCCAACAUUUUUUUUUUCCAAUUAUUUUCCGAUUUUCGAGUAGCUGUCAAUCGAAUUCAUUCAAAACUUUCUGAUUAAAAUUUUCCAAUUGAAAUAUUUUAGAGGAAAAAAAAAUAAAAUAAAAUAAACUAAAAAAAUUAGCGAAAUUCAAUUUUAAGAUCAAAAAGACAAAUCGAAAAAAAAAAAUUGUAUUAAACUUUGAAAAGAAUUUUUUUUCUAUUCAUUACAAUUAAGGUAAAGGAUCCAGUUAUUGACCUUAGAAGUUCUGCAGUUGACAUUAUUUGAAAAUCCAAAAGUGCACGCCUCGAACGCUCAUGUUAUGUUUUUUUUUAAAAGUUAAAUUUCGAAUAAAAUUGAAUAUCCCGCUCUUUUCCCAUAGAAAUUUCCAUGGUAAAUAUACGGUAAUAAAAGUAAAAAAAAAAAUAAAUAAGGAGAACAUUCCUAAUGAAAAAUGGCGGCAGUGUGUGUUUGUUUACAUGUAAGAUUGCCGGUUUUAACCGUAAUGAUUUAUUUUUAAAAAAACGAGAAGGCCUACAGUAGUGAUUUUCGAAAGGAACCUUCUUUGCUUAUUUCUGAAAAUUUUGAAAAAAAAAUUAAGUAGUUUCGUCAAGUCGUUCUCGAGAUAUCCGUACCACGCCGUUUUUUUGAACCACAGACUAAUGGACGUCCACGAUAAAUUUUUUUUAAUGAACUUUUUUUUAUAUUAAUACAUAUUGGACAAAUUAAAAAAAGUAUCAGGAUUAUUCAUUAGUGUUUCAGCAUUAUAUUGAUGUGCUUUUCAUAAUGUGUAAGAGUAAUAGAAAAAAAAUAUAUGCACUUUAAUGAGUGGAAAUCGUGUGACCUUGACAGGUCGGUUAUAAAGCACAACCUCUCCGCUUCGCUUCCGAGGCGUGCAAUAGUAAAAUAUAAGUUAAAAAUUAAACUUGUAUUGAAAACAAUAAUUUUAUAAAUUAGUUAUUUCCGAACAAGAUACUAAACGUUAGUUAAUUACUAGGAUAGAACUAGUAAAUUAACUGGAUUUUUUUAAAGUAAAUCCUACAGAAAUCAAUUAUUGACCCUCGAAAAGUCUCGUGUUUAAGUCUUUGACCCUCGAAUAUCAGUUGGUGACCCAAAUAUUUAACAGUAUUAUUAUCAUUAAUUACGGCGAUUAUCAUUAAAUAGAUGAAAGUCGUUAUUUUUGUAAAAUUUAAAUAAUUGCUAUUAAAGAAUCUGAACAUCGGUUGGCCCUGUGAGCCAGCCCCAAAACUUCCCGCUGUUUUAGAGCUCCUUGAGCUCAAGGAGCUCGGAAACAUUAUUGCGAAUAAAUUUUCGAGCUCUUCAAGCUUGAAAAUACUUUUAAGUGCAAUUGUUUUUAAUGAGCUUUUCAAGCUCAGACAAGUUACGUUUUAUGUGGAAAUUUGAAAAUUUAAGAAUCGAAAAUAAUGAAAGAACAAUCGUUUUUUAAAUUUUUAUUCACGAUUAUGUUCAAUAAAAUCAAUGUAUUGAAGCAGAAAUCAAUGUCAGUGAUCAAAAUAAGGAUUUAAAUGAGUUUGGACACAGGUCAGAGCGUUAAUAUAAAAAUAAUAACAUAUUGUUUAAAAUUUCAAACUUUGCCACAGUGUUUUACGAGCAUUCAUUUGUCGUCUCAAUAAUUCGUCUCUGAAAAGAUCUGUGACCUGAGAUAUUAAAAUGAAAAUAAACAAUAAUUUUUGUAAAAUACACUGUGAAAAAUCUGGAGUGAAUCCAGAUUGAAAUUAAAUCCGAAUUCAAUCCGCCACUCGGAGUUCCGGAGUUUUAAAAAAAAUCACUCCGCAUGCGGAGUGAAUUGGGAGUUUUUUUUAGCGGAGUGAUCUCGGAGUGAUGCGGAUUUUAUUUCACUCCCAAUUCACUCCGGUCCGGAGUUUUAACAUUUAAAUUAAUUUAUAUUAGACUGUUAAACAGCGUGUGUGUGCGAGUGCGUGCGUGCGGGUGUCUGUGGGCGCGUGUCUGUGGAUGUGUGUGUAUACGUGAGUGCAUGAGCGAGUGUUCAAAUGUGUGCGUGUGUGUGCGAAUAUGUCCAUGUGUGUGUUCGGGUGUGUGCGCGUGUGUUUGGGUAUGUGCGCCUGUGUGCGUGCGUGUGUGUGUGUGUGUGCGUAUCAUUUGAUCAGUACUGUAAUACGCGAAUUUUUAUUUCGAUUUUACUUAGUGGAGUUAUAUUUUAUUAAUAAUUUUUUUAAACCUCCCCUCCGGAGUGAAUUUCACUCCGGAGGGAUUAAAUUAAUAACAAAUUAUCCACUCCGCGAAAACUCCCCUACGGAGUGAAGUUCACAAUUAAAAAUUCAUUCACUCCGCAUUCACUACGGAUUUAAUCCGCAUUCACUCCGCGAAUUUUUUACAGUGUAGCAAAUCAUAAAUCAGCUUAGAAAUUGGAUAAUACAGUACCCAGACAGCAUUCAAGUCGGAAUAAUUGCUUUACUUGGUCUUUUUGAAGGCGUCCUCAAGAAGUCUUAUAAUGACUUCUUAAAGUUGUCAUUUCCAAGAACUCUUAAUUAAGAGUUCUUCAAGACUCCAUAAAUAAGACGUCAGUUUUGUGACGUCUAAAUGUAUUCUACUUUUAACUUUUUUAUGAAGUCAAAAUUAGGAGCUCCUAAAGACGUCAUAGUAAGUUCAUACGGAACUCUUAUUUGCGCAGUCAGAAAAAAGAACUCUUUUUAAAGACGUCUUACUGAGUUCGCUAGGUGGCUCAUUCGACAUCUUGAGAACUUCUUAAAGACUUCUUUAAGAUGUUGACAAGACGUCCAAAUCAUAAAUAGGAACUCAUUCAGAACUCAUCAAGACGUCAUUUUCCUAUCUGGGUAAGAGUUUAAUCUCUAUAAAUAUUCCUUCACAAACUGUGACUUUAGGUAAUAAAAUUACUCUUGUAAAAAAUUAUAUUAAUGUAUAAAAUUGCCAUUUGGCCUGUGCCUUGGCAUAAAAAUUAAUAAAUAAAUAAAAUUAAAUAAAUCAGAUAUAAAGUAUCAGAGGAAAGUGUUAAAAACGGUGUUUUUUAAAUUUGUUUUUGAUAAUGUUAUUUUAACUAAAGAACGGGUUGCAUCAAAUUAUGUGGGGAUUGAGAAAAACCUUUUGAAGACAAAGACUUAAUAUGAUUUUGAACAAAUUUUGUUACAUUAUCGUGGAUAUAUUUUAAAAUAAUUAACCGAUUUUGAUGUUCAAUGUGGCAAUCGGUGCGUUAUAUUGAGUUCUAGAGCUAAUAAAAUUUGACGAUUUCUUUCGCCAUCAAUAUUUCUUUAACGAAUUAACCGAUUGAGAUCUGAUUACACUUUGGAAUUGAUCCAUCGAGCCAUUUCUGAAUAAUUCCAAAAAAACUAAAAAAAAAGAAAUCUGGGCGUCGGUUGGCCCUGCGGGCCAGCCCCAAAACUUUCCGCUGUUUCCAAGCUCAAGGAUCACAACUGGAUUAACAUUCACGUACUAAUUAAAUGUAAAAAAAAA